CCUAACCUAUAAAAUAUAACUUAAAAAAAUGAAUAAUUGGAGGUAAAUGUAUGAUCAACUUACGAAGUGCUCUUUUAAUUAAAAUAUUAAUAAAUAUGAAGAGAUUAACAAAAACUGGGACCGGGAAAGACCAAACGGUGCGUGUAACCAGAAGCAGUACAAAUAAUGAAGAUAUUAAAGAUAAAUUUUCAAAAUUUCAAUUCCAAACAAAACCAAAAUUUUCUCAUGUUUCACCAAAUCUAAACGUGGAAGGAAAUGAAAAGAGUAAUAUCCAUCAAGAAAAUGAAAAAAAAGAGCCAGAAACAUCAUUACGUAAAAGUACAAGAAAACGUGAUCACAUCAAAAUGGAAUUUGAACCUUCAACCUCACGAACUAGGACAGAAUUGGAUAAUAAUGUUAACGAUAAUGAAUUGCCAAUCAAAGUGAAGAAAGAACCAGGAGAUGCUACUGAAGAGAGCAACAUUUCUGUAAAAGUUGAGGAUCCGAAGAAACCAAUAAAAUCUGAGACAAACCAGAAGUUUCUUAAGAUGCCCUUAAAUUGGGAAGUAGUAUUGGACAAUCUACGUGAAAUGAGGAAAAAUUUUGAUGCCCCGGUGGAUUCAAUGGGUUGCCAUAAAUGUUACGAAGAAAACGCUCCCCCGAAAGUGAGAAGAUAUCAACAUCUGCUAUCUCUAAUGCUGAGCAGUCAGACAAAAGACCAAGUUACUCAUGCCGCUAUGCAGCGUUUAAUCAGCCACGGAUGUACGGUGGAAAAUAUUAUGAAUACAUCCGACGAAGAAUUGGGAAAGUUGAUAUACCCGGUAGGAUUUUGGAAAAGCAAAGUUAAAUACAUAAAGAAGACUACUGAGUGUUUGCAGAAAGAUUACGAUUCCGAUAUACCGAAUACGGUAAAAGAUCUUUGUAAGCUUCCCGGAGUGGGCCCAAAAAUGGCCCAUAUUUGCAUGAAAACAGCAUGGGAUCAAGUUACUGGUAUAGGUGUAGACACUCACGUACACAGAAUCUCAAACCGUCUAGGCUGGGUUAAGUCGAAAACUCCCGAGGAGACGAGGAAAACGCUGGAGGACUGGUUACCUCAAGAUUUGUGGGGUGAAGUCAAUCACUUGCUUGUGGGAUUCGGGCAGCAGAUUUGCCAACCCGUCAGACCCCAAUGCGCGACUUGCCUGAAUUACGAAGUGUGCCCUUUUGGUAUUAAUUACCUCAAGAGCGAGUUGAAGGGGAAGAAAAUGAAAUAACUUCGAUUACGAAAUAACCUG